AUGGGUGACGGCAAGUGCUCAUAUAAUCACGGCAGUGAUUGGAUCCGGCGUGCUGUCUCUGGCAUGGGCUAUAGCGCAGUUGGGUUGGGUUGCAGGGCCGGCGGUUCUCAUGGCCUUUUCUUUCAUCACCUACUUCACCUCCUCUCUCUUGGCCGACUGCUACCGCUCUCCCGAUCCCGUCACCGGCAAGAGAAACUACACUUACAUGGACGUCGUCAGAUCCUACUUAGGAGGUAGAAAAGUUCAGCUCUGUGGACUGGCUCAGUAUGGAAAUCUGAUUGGAGUAACAAUCGGCUACACUAUCACUGCCUCCAUAAGCAUGGUGGCGGUGAAAAGGUCAAAUUGUUUCCACAAGCAUGGACACGAAGUGAAGUGCUACACAUCAAACAUUCCAUUCAUGGUGAUCUUUGCUUGUAUUCAGAUCGUUCUUAGCCAAAUACCAAACUUCCACAAGCUUUCUUGGCUCUCUGUUCUUGCCGCCAUUAUGUCUUUUGCUUAUGCCACCAUUGGGGUUGGCCUCUCCAUAGCCAAGACUAUAGGAGGAGGGCAUCAUGUGCGGACAACCUUAACAGGGGUGACGGUAGGAGUUGACGUGUCGGGAUCUGAGAAAAUCUGGAGGACGUUCCAAGCAAUCGGGGAUAUUGCUUUUGCUUAUGCAUACUCGACUGUCCUCAUUGAGAUACAGGACACCCUAAAAUCAAGCCCGCCAGAGAACAAAGCCAUGAAGAGGGCAACCACGGUUGGUAUCUCCACAACCACUCUUUUCUAUGUCCUAUGCGGGUGUGUUGGCUACGCAGCAUUCGGAAAUGAUGCACCUGGAAAUUUCCUCACUGGGUUUGGCUUCUACGAACCAUUUUGGCUAAUUGACUUCGCCAAUGUCUGCAUUGCAGUUCACCUGAUUGGUGCUUACCAGGUCUUUUGCCAGCCGAUAUUUGCAUUCGUUGAGAGAUCAUGCAACAAACGCUGGCCUGAUAGCAAGUUUAUUACAAACGAGCACGUCAUCAAUAUUCCAUACUACGGGGAGUACACCUCAGCCUCUUCAGUUGUGUGGAGACAGCAUAUGUCAUUUUGACAGCAG